GACUCUCUUCCGUGACGCGGCCAAAUUGAGAGCGAAGAAGAAGAAAAAAACAACACAAAAGCAAAUGAUAGUCAGCUUUUCCACUUUGGGAAUUGGACUUUUUUUUCUUCUCCUGCGUGAACAACAUGUAACUGCGUUGUCCGGUUUUGUGAAGACGCGGCGUCCCAAUGCUGGUGUCUUUUGGAGGCUUUGUUUUGAUUUGUAGGUGAAAUAAUUGUGUUACCUCACAUAGCUCGCUAACUAGCAUCUCCAGCGAGAUAAACAGACGUCGUUUGCUGCUAAAAGUCAACAAGUCGACCUCUCUGCUCCUCACAAGACGAAGAUGGGGAAUCUGGGUAGCAGGUUCCAGUCCACCUCUCAGGGACGGGAGGAAACGACGGAAAGCCGCCACAAACACAGCUGCGAAUGUAAGAAGAGGAAACGGAGCACACAGUGUGACUGCGAGAGCGAGAAAGAGGAGGACGAGGCCAUACUGGACACACCGCGCAGGAAAAAAUUGAAAAGCACUUCCAAUUACAUUUAUCAGACGUUGUUCCUGAAUGGAGAAAACAGCGACAUUCGCAUCUGCGCGCUGGGACAGGAGUGGAACCUUCACAAGUUGUACCUGUGCCAGUCAGGAUAUUUCUCCAGCAUGUUCAGCGGCUCUUGGAAGGAGUCGAACAUGAUGGAAAUCAACUUGGAGAUCCCAGACCAGAACAUUGAUGUAGAAGCUCUGCAGGUGGUUUUUGGCUCCUUGUACAGGGACGACGUUCUAAUCAAGCCCAGCUGUGUCGUCAGUAUCCUCGCAGCCGCCUGUAUGCUGCAGCUGGAUGGUUUGAUCCAGCAGUGCGGCGAGUCCAUGAAGGAAAACAUCAGCGCAAAGACCGUGUGCGGCUUCUACGCCUGCUCUUGCAUCUACGGCCUGGAGUCCGUCAUGAAAAAAUGUCUUGAGUGGCUUCUAAACAACCUCAUGACUCAUCAAAAUGUGGACUUGAUGAAAGAAAUUGGGACGGAGGUGAUGGAGCAACUUAUCCAGUCAUCGGACCUGUUUGUCAUGCAGGUGGAGAUGGACGUCUACACCGCGUUAAAAAAGUGGAUGUUCCUGCAGCUCAACCCCUCGUGGGACGGACCCAUAAAGCAGCUCCUGGUGGACGCAGAUUCAUGGCUGUGCAAGCGUAGGAGCGACCUUAGUGAGAAGGAGCCUUUCUUAAACACAGAGGAGGGCGCACCCUUUUGCUCUGUCUUCAAACAUGUACGUCUCCAGUAUAUCGUCAACGACCUGGCUUCGGCGCGCAUUUUGGAGCGGGACAACAUUUUGCCUCCUGACUGGUUGGCGGCUGUAUAUAAAACACAGUGGUUUGCUAUGUUGCGGACAGAAUUUGAAAAUGAUAAUGGUCCGCAGGAAGCCAACAAAGAGGAAUUUCAGUUGAGCAGCAUGAGGUGUGGCAGGAAACUGACCAAAGACGGAGACUACUGCUGGCGAUGGACCGGCUUCAACUUCGGCUUCGACCUGCUGGUGACCUACACCAACCGCUUCAUCAUCUUCAAGAGGAACACACUAAGUCAGCCAUGUGGGGGCGCUGUAAGCCUGCAACCCAGGAGGCAUCUGGCAUACAGGUUACGUCUGGCCUCCUUUGACAGCCUUGGCAAGCUGGUCUGCAGCCGCUCCACUGGUUACCAGCUUCUCACGCUGGAGAAAGACCAGGAGUACGUGGUGAUGAACCUGGACAGCCGCCUGCUGUCCUUCCCGCUCUACGUGUGCUGCAACUUCCUGUACACCUCGCCGCACUUGGGUCAAAGGCCGGACCACCCCGAGCACGAGAGCAGCGCCCGCAGCGUGUCUUGAUGGCGGGUUGGUAACGCUCGGGACUCGAACACGUUUGAUAGCCUGUAAGGAGUGUCCGGAACACCCCGUGUGCGUGUGUGUCACAUUGAGGAAGGUGGCAGGUAUCAUUCCACCUUUACAGCCGUCCCACGCGGAGACGAGGCAUUUACGUUUUUGUAAAACGGUCAAAAUCCCUUUUUAUAAGAUGACAACGCUGACAAAUGACCACGGACUUUCCAAAAGUGGUUCGUACAGGAAGCGUGUACUUUUUUUUUUUUUUUCUAUCCUAGAUCACAAGCAGGAAUUUCAGGAAUGACGGUGACAAAUAUCAUACUGUACAUACCUCCAGGUGAAAUGACUAUUACACAGCAGAUGUUUGUUAAGACUAAAAGGAAGUAUUACAAUUUGCUGCUUCUACUGAGAAGGUGGACUUAUUUCUAGGCUUUUUGCUUUUUUUUUUACCCUUAUAAGUACACUAACCUAAAAAUAACCUCUCCAUCAAAUGAUAUAUGGAGUUUCAACUAUUAAGUAGCUAGCGGGGUGAACUUCCUUCCUUCACAACAAAAGGUGCACUUUUCCGUGCGUCAAGUUCAUUUGUUCUCACAAAAAAACACAUUUCUCUUUGUUUGAGCACUCACACGUCCUGUUUAGUUUUCCCUCUUUGCACCACCGCUGACACUUUUUGACCUACAUUUCAUCACCUGCUUGCCCGGAGCACUCUUGUCAACACACGAGACGGCAGGAAAAGUGGGGGAAGUUCACAUGUCGAGAAGCUGACAUUCAACUCGCCUUUUUUUUUUUUUUUUUCUGUCAUUCUCAUGUUUUUAUUUAAAUAGAUUUUUUUUAACUCUUUUUGGAAGACGAAAAUGUGUACAAGUUUCUGUUGCCAAUAAAUCUGCCCAUCGGUGAGGGUUGUGGCGCUGACAUAUCACAUUA